CGGGCGUGGUUCAGACGCAUGGCGCUAACGACAUCUGGCGGGCGGUGCCAGAUGUGGGCGCUGAAGGAUAUCAGUCCCAUCAAGGUCGAAGACAUCACGAACGCGGAGAUUCUGGAGUUGUCUCGGAACCUGGGCACGUUGCUCGCGAUGAAGAUGAGGGGCAAGGCUCAGACGAUGACGAAGCUAGCUGGUACUGGCACUGGGUUCGAGGCACCGAGACAGAUCUACGCGGACUACCGCCCGCAGGGCGGCGCGUCGGAGCAUGGCUUGCUCGCGGCGAUCGCGCAGCCGAGGUGGUGGGCGAGUGGCGAUCACUCGAGGCGGAGUUUCGCAGGGGUGUUGCACGAUUGGGGUCGUGUGGUCGCGCAGUAUGAGCUGUCGAGCCGUGGCGCGAUCCCGGACAGGCUGAAGUGCGCGACCAUCCUUGGCUGUGCCCCCCUCGCGGCUAGGAGGGCCCUCGAGGGUGCGAGCCAGGAGGUCAGGGGGAACUGCGCGGUGAUGAGAACCAGGAUCCGAGAGCACUGCGCGGAGGAGAACGUGAAGGCUUUCGCCCCGAAGCCGCCUGACUCAGUGGGGGGCUCGGGCGUGGCGCCCAUGCAGGUGGGUGCGAUUGCCCAGAUUGAUGUGAUCGGCUCCGACAAGCCCCGCCGCAGCAUCUGCGAGGAGCUCGGCCACAGGGCGGAUGAGUGCUGGUCCAGCCAGCAGGGCAAGGGCAAGGACUCGAAUGGCGACGGCAAAGGUCAACGCGAUGGUCGUCGCUCGGCGCUGGAGAGCUACGAGGACUGCGACUCGACCAGCGACCAGGUGGAGAUCGGGGACCGCGACUCGACCGGGCACCAGGCGGAGAUCAGGGGCCACGAUUCGACCAAUGACCAGGUUGAGAUCAGUGACCAGGACUCGAUCGGAGACCCGCUGGAGGACGAGUUCAGGUGCCACUGCAGCGAUGAUGCAUUAGUCAUGGCGGUUGGCACUCGUGUGCAGCCUUUGGACUACGACAUCGAGGUGACAUUCGCGAUGGGAGGUCAGGUGGUCUGCAACGCCAACUUCAAGAUCGGCCCCUUCGCUCGCAAUCUCUUCAGCACUGGCAAGGUCUACGAUGCAGGCUUCGACGUGAUCUACGCCCGCAGCGACGGCUGCUACGUCGGGCUCCGCAGGCCCAGCGGCGCGUGCGUCAAGGUCCCGAUGAUUCGGAAGAGGAACGCGUUCGGUGUGCCAGCGAACGCGCGCCAGGACAUCCAGGCCGCCAAGCGCGUGAUCAGGGGCGGGGGGCGGCUGGCAGGAGGUCGCUACCCAAGCGUCGUCGCAGCCUACGAGGACGUGGUGAUGAAGGGCGAGGGGGCCGUUCAGGCGGGCGGAGCUGCGGCGUCUGCGCCCAUGGGUCGACUUCGCCGGGGCCUGGCGGCGCGGUUCCCAGGGUGGCUCCAGCGGUGGCGGCUGAGCCGGCGGAUGGGGCCACCGCCAGUGAGGGGCCCAGCAGGAGCAGAGCUGGGACCUGGGUCUCGAGUCGACCUGCUACGGGCUCGCCUGAUGGAGCUGGGCGCUGCAACCUACGGCACCAAGGGCCAGCUGUGGAGUCGCCUGGCCCACGCCGAGCUCAAGCACGAGCGGGGCCUCGGCGUCGACGAGAAGGCCGUCGAGGGGCGGUGCCAGCAGCAGGUUGACGGCCAGCCUGUGACAGAGGCAAGGGUCGUCGAGACACCCUGCGUUCCGACGGAGAUCGAGAAGGAUCAGCACGAGGCUUCUGGUCACGCAGUGUUCAAGAAGUGGUGGCCCGCGUGCGUCUUCGGCCUGGGGCCCGAGGGCCCGCGCGUCAAGCGGCCCGUCUACGGCGGGGGCGUCAGGGGCGAGCUGAUCUUCUUCGAUUGGGCCUGGUUGUCAACGCUGGGAGUGAGGAGAACCUCGAGACUAGGGUCUCGCAAGGCCGCGCGAGUGACGGCAAAGUCGAUGGGCUUCAUCGAGGCGCGUAUUUGGUGGUGCCGUGGCCGUUUGAAGGCGAACAGGGUCCAGAUCGAGAUGAACUGUGGGAUCAAGCUCGCGCCGCGUUCCCCCCUUUGGCCGUUCCUCGCGCGCCGCGGUGCGAAUUUGACGAACUGGUUCAGCAGGGGUGCAGGCGGCUACGCGGCUCACUAUGCAGUCUACGGCGUGAACUACACUGGAGUGGUGGUGCCAUUCGGCGAGGCAGUGAUGGCGAGGGUUCCAGUCUCCAAGACGGGCCAGCGGCGGUCGAUGGGAGGCCGCGCCCCCAGGCUUACCAAGGCUGACGCGGCUUGGGCGAAGGGGGUCUGCGUCGGCAAGACGACCGGCAACGACGAGCGCAUCAUCCUCACGGUUGCUGGGAAGGUGGCCCGCAGGGCCGUCCGCGGGCCGCCGAAGGGUAAGCGCCACGACAAGGAGCUGCUCCUGAAGGUCUGCGGUGAGCCCUGGAAGGAGAGGGUCGCCCACGUGCCCCGCUCCCUCGUCGUGGGCGGCGGCAGGGGCGAGGUCGCGCCGACGCCGCUGGAGGCCAUGGGCGCGGAGGCCGAGGGGGCAGCCCCGGAGGCGGCCCCGUCUGGAGGCGAGGCCCCCUCGGGCCCAGGCUCGGAGGCGGGGCCCCCGCGGCCGCCCGCGGCCAAGGCUUCAGAGGCCAAGGCCCCAGGGUCUCCGAACGGCGACGCCAUCCUCGGGUGGCAUGGGGCGAAGAGGAUGCGCUUCGAGCAUCCGAUCGUCGGGGCCGUCGAGGACAUCAGCGAGCAGCUCGACUACAAGGCGCUCUUGACGGCGAAGGAGCUUACGUGCUGGGACAACAGUGGUCUCCCCGUUGAGGAGGCGGCACGUGCCAUCACUGAGGGUCUGAAGCUUUCCGACGCGUUCGACAUCUACUCGGUCCAUCUUCGGGCCGCUUCCGAAGGCAAGAAGAAGUUCUACAGCAAGCCGAUGACCAGGCUCGGCCUAGUGCUGCACAUGGACGGCUUCUACUGCGCGGCCCGCAAGAGCGAGGUGGAGAGCUUCCUGCCGAUGAUCAGGACGAAGCUGAAGCUGAAGGACAACGACGUUGUCAUCGAGGGCCGGUUCGAGCACCUGAAGCGCUCCAGGACCAGGACCGACGAGGGCAUCUUCCUUCAGCCGCACGAGAAUCACAUCGUGAACAGCAUCUCCGAGUUGGGACUGAAGGGUGCGAGCGCGGUCAAGACUCCAGACCGCGCGGACAUCCAGUGGGCUGUGGGAAUGUUGGCAGCUGGCGUGGCGAAACCGACUGAGCAUUCCUGGGAGAGGGUGAUGCGGCUUGGGCGCUAUUUGGUCGGUACCAGCGAGCUGCGCGCGUUCCCCCCGAAGGUCGACGCGAAGAUUUACAAGAAGGGCGUGAUCCAUCUGAGGACCUUCUCGGACAGUGCCCAUGGCGGACAGGAGGCAAUGCGCAGGAGCACCACCUGUGGAGUUCCGUGCGCGGACGGGGUUGCGUUGGCGACGCUGGUUCGGAGGCGGGGCCUGAUAGCUGUGAGCUCGGGUGAGAGCGAGUUCUACGCGCCGGGUGCAGUGGCA